AGCAUUUGGAAGUAACAGGACCUCUUUUUAGCUCUCCAAAGAGUUUGAGGAGAGGAAGAAGCAGUGCAUUUUCCAAAGCUACGCAGGAGAUUCUUUGACGGAUUACAAUUUCGGCAAACUCCAACUCGAGGAGAAGAAUGACAGCUAAGAGACUUAAACCAGACUUUUCACCAUCCUGGAAAGGAACUGGCUGCCAGGAUUUGGAGUUUUUUUAAUACUCUACCUCCCUCUGCUGUUGUCAGCGAGAAGUUCCUCGACAAUGGGAAAUCAUGUUCUUGCGGCUUCGAUUUCCGUGCUCUCGCUCCUGGCAAUGAUGGGAGAUGGGGACAGUAAAACAGACAGUUCCUUCAUGAUCGACUCCGACCCCAGCCGCUGUAUGAGGCAUCACUACGUCGACUCCAUCAGCCAUCCUCUGUACAAGUGUAGCUCGAAGAUGGUGCUGCUGGCUCGCUGCGAAGGGCGCUGCAGCCAGACGUCGCGCUCGGAGCCCAUGGUUUCCUUCAGCACUGUCCUGAAGCAGCCUUUCCGCUCCACCUGCCACUGCUGCCGGCCCCAGACCUCCAAGCUGAAGGCCAUGCGGUUGCGAUGCUCGGGAGGCAUGCGGCUCACUGCCACCUACCGCUACAUCCUCUCCUGCCACUGCGAGGAGUGCAACUCCUAGAGAUGCGCCUGCCACGGCAGCGGGGGACCAGGAUGCUGCUGUCCGGGAAGGCUCCCAGGAAGAAACCCGAGGUGAGGCCAACGCUCCCAGCAGACAGUUGCAGCAAGGACAGGACUAACCAGGCUGGAUUGGAUCUGAGAGCUGAAGCGUAAAACAUCCUGCGGUCCUGGAUGGUACUGGUACCGAAGUGUGGACUGUGACAAAGGCAAAAGCACAAAGACUUGUUUUUAAGAAGCCUUUCUUUUUUCUUGAAAGGGUAUUUUUG